UGUCUGAUGAGCCUGAUGAGUGUUUAAGAAAAGCUUUAGAAAAACUGAAAAUGGCGGGGAAAAUGGAUCUUUUCAAACAUUUUCUGAACUGCCGCUUGUGUUUGGAGACUUUCACAGAUCCUGUGUCUCUGACCUGCAACCACAGCUUCUGCUCAAGCUGCCUACAAAACUUUUGGAAACAGGCUGGCGACCAGAAAUGUCCAGUCUGUCAAAGGAGAUCCUCAAAAGGUUACCCAGGCGUGAACUUUCCACUCAAGGAACUGGCCGACUUUUUUGCUGCAAGUCAGGCUAAGAGCUCAUGUGAGCCACAAAAAAAGAAGAAGAAAGAGGAGAUUGUGUGUGAUCAACAUCCAGAGGUCUCUUAUUGGUUCUGUGAGGAUGAAAACAGAACUGUGUGUCCUAUUUGUGAGUUUUCUUUCCACCAGACUCACAAAGUGACUCCUGUAGAACAAGCAACCCAUGACCUGAAGGAGCAGCUGAAGUCUGACUUAAAGUGUCUACGGGAAAAGAGUACCAAAUACAAACAAGUGGAGGAAACGUACAAUAAAGUGCUUGAACACUCCAAGAAGCAGCUGUUGGCCACAGAGAGUCAGAUCAAAGCAGAAUUCAUCAAGCUCCAUCAGUUCCUGAAAGAGGAAGAGGAGUCCAGACUGGUAGCUGUGAGGGAGGAAGAGGAACAGAAGAGGAAGAUCAUCAGCAAAGAUAUUAAGAAGAUUCAGCAGCAGAUCUCCUCUCUGUCACAAAGUAUCAGUGCUGUUGAAGAGGAGCUGAAGAAACACAACGUGUCCUUCCUCAGCAGUUAUAAAGCCACUCAGACCACAGCCAGAGAAAAGUGUUCAAUGUCAGAUCCAAAGCUGGUCCCAGGAGCACUGAUAGAUGUGGCUAAACAUGUGGGCAACCUGUCCGUAAAAGUGUGGGAGAAGGUAAAGGACAAGCUCCACUUUAGUCCAGUCAUUCUGGACCCAAACACUGUGAACCCCUGUCUUCACCUGUCUGAUGAUCUGACCAUCUUGAAACCAGGAAACACACAGCAGCCUCCGAAUAAUCCAGAGAGAUUCUCUACGUAUUCUGUCGCUCUGGGUUCUGAGGGCUUCAGCUCAGGGAGACACAGCUGGGAGGUGGAAGUGGGAGACAAUGAUGUCUGGUUUUUGGGUUUGGCUCAAGAGUCGGUGGAUAGGAGGGGAGAGAUAUCUGCAACCCCUGAGUAUGGAAUCUGGUGUUUGAAGCAUCACACUGGAAAAUACACAAAUGGUCUUAAUCACAUCGUCACAGAGAAGAAGAAUCUGCAGAAAAUCAGAGUCAAGCUGGACUAUGAAAAGGGGGAGGUUUCCUUUUACGACCCUGAAGACAAUUCACACAUAUACACUCACAAAGCCACUUUCACUGGGAAGGUUUUCCCUUACUUUGGUAUUGCAAAGCCUGGUGAUGCAAAAACCACUGAUGUCAAAAUCUGCACGUCUUCUUAUUACAAUUUUUUAAAAUCUCAAACCACUGUUAAAUUUGCCGACUAAAACUACGGCUAAAAUUGUUCGUCAGAAGCCUCUUUCUUCACUGGACUAAGCUGGACUGAGACUAA